GUGACUGGUGAGGCUGCCGAAGGGGAUAGAGUAAGAGUUAGGCAGUUUCAUUUACUGAGUCAAAGGGUAUUUUCAGGACAAAUUAGCUGUUCUGCAUUUGAUUUUACGGUAACACUAUUGUUUUUUAAAUGAAUUUGUUUGUGUGUCUAUUUAGAUACCAAAUUAUCUACCACUAUCCUGCUCCUCCAACCCCUUAAUAAUAAUACUAUUAAUAUUAUUAAUUAUUAUAAGUUAAGUAACGCUGCACCCUAAAAAAAAACUAAUUAAUAAUAAUAAUAAUUAGACCUAAGCCUACUUUUAAUUAGAUUAGUGAUUAGUCUAUUAAUGUAGUAUAGCCCAGGGUUUGGCAACCUACAGCACGCUUUAUGCAUGCCAGACUUGGCACCAGUGUUUCCUUCAAAGAAAGGGGGGGGGGUCUGUUUCCCAGAAAAAAAAGGGUGGGAGGGGCAGUGGUAAUUCAAUAUAUUUAUAAUUUAUAUAUACUUGAGUUGUGCCAUGGUCGAUCAUGAAAAUACUGCUCCUGAAUUUAUUGAAAAUGUGCCACUUUGGGCAGACCAUUAAAAAAAAUACGAUUUUGGUGCCUUUGUCACUGUGAAAUACAUUAAAUUUUAUUAUUUAAUUCAUUAAGCCUAAGCCCUGUGAUGUUGGCCUCCUUUGUUCUGGAUGGCGUGUUCUUUUAAAUUAAACAAUUACCUACUUAUAUGUAACAAAAUUUUGUGUUUGGGCAUAUCAAUCGUGCCUAAACCGUAUCAUUAUUAUGUUUUCAGAUCACUUCAAGAAUCAUGUUGAGAUCUUUACAUACCAGCAGCUUCAAAUAUAUAUCUAGAUUUGUUUGUAAAAUUGAUACAUUUGAAAAUGUUAAUAGGUAGGUGCAGCUAAGACUAAAAUACAACUUUAAAAGUCAUCAUUAUUUGAUAAAUGUAGAGUGUGAGACUUUGCAGGACAUUUUUCAUUUGAUUUAUUUUGUAUUAUUAUUAUGUACCGGUAAUUAAAUAAAAAAUAUAUUUGUAUAUCGUGAUGUGAUUUUCUUGUUGUUGCACAAAAGUUUUAUAUCUAAGAUUAAUUUUAAUUUAAUUAGAUGUUAUCCAAUUUUGCCCUUCAAAUAAUAACAUAAACAUUUUUUUCUAAUUGCAGUAGACGGUUCGUUUCAAAUCCAUCAAAAUGGCAUGGGUUUUGGGAACCGAAUGAUCUGGUUAGUAUUAUAGUCACAAGCAGGUUGAUUAUUCAGUGGUGUCCCCCAGUCAGGUAAACUUGAGUUUUCAGCCCAGUGGGCUGCACCCCCCCUAGUGACGCCACGAUGGUUUAUAUCUAUAAAACACAUUUAAGACUAUUCAUCAGCAUUAAUUUUAUCACAGAUUUUAUUUGAAAAUGAUAUUGAAAGAAAAUUACAGUUUUAUAUGAUAACAAAGCUUUUUUGGAACUUUCUCUUACUCAGAGUAAAAAAAAAUAUUCAUUACCAACUUUGUCUGUUUUAAAUUUUGAUCUAAAAAUAACAAGAAUGAUUAAAGUAAUUUCCUAUACCAUAAGUGCCAUACUCAAUUUGGUGCCGUAUUCUUCAUUUAUGUCCUUUAGAAACUGGAGCCAGAUGUUCCCGAGUACAAGGCCAUUCAUAUUCAGGUGAAGGGUUACGACUUUCCAGUGUUAGAAUCAUAUUCUAAAUACAUUCAUCAAUUAGUGAAGAACAUUUUCAAGCUGGAGUCAGAUUUGUAAGUAUAAAUUACAAAAAGGUGUUUCGGUUUCUCAGCAAAUUUCAAAUUUGUCUAUCUAGAAUAUUUUUUUUCUACCAAAAAUUUUUAGGCUCAGUUUUUAUUUCUGAAAUCACAGUUUAUUUAAGGUUUCUUAUGUUUAAAAUACUUCAAUGCAUGAUUAAGACAUGCAGUACCGGCAUGUUCUUUGUGACUGAUUUAUUAACUACACACCAGCAAGGGUUAUAUAUUUGAAAGUUUGUACCACUAAAAUAAACUGCUAAAUAUCCAUGUGCCCCCAAGAUGCAUAUUUUCCCCCCAAGAUGCAUAUUUUUCCAAGUCCAAAUUAAGUGUUUAUAAUCAGAGGAUGAACAUAAUAAAAUUAAAUUAUAUAUUUUUAAAGAAAUAUAAUAUACAAGAAAUGCAGUGUGUUAAUUUAAAGUAAAUUAUUCGAUACCGGUAUUAACAAUUAUUGCUUUCUUUUAUUCACUACUGAUAUGAUGGCGGACUUACCUCAUUAAAAAUAUCUUUUAACUCAAUUUGGGAAAGUGUGAAUGUCUGUAAUUUUUAGUUUAUUUUGCAACAUAAACUCUUCUGUUUGGAAAUGGCAGUAAAUUGGCUCUUACUUAUAUCCUUAUAUGUUGAGAACUCAAGUCUAAAAGCUGCCUUUAUUUUGUCAAGUAAAAGCUGAGAUUUACAAAAAAGCAUCUGAAUAUGCUCAAUAACCCAAGUUCAUAUAUUCAAAUCUGUAUUGAUAAAGGAACCUAUGACUGUAACACAAAAAUUUGGUUAAAAACCUUUCCACUAGACAACCAUCAGCUAACUUCUGUAUGCCAAUAUAUAACUCAAUAUUCUAAAUAGUUUGAAAUUAAGUGCACAGAAAUUAAUAGUUUACCAUCUUUACUGAUUGGUUUAGAGUAGGAGAGUUCUUAAAACUAAAAAGGGCUAUGUUUAUCAGAAAUAAAAUUCUAAUUCUAAAUUAAUGAAUUUAAAAUCUCAAAUUAUUUGUAAAAAGUAAAUCACAGGUAAAUGCACAAUGAUUAAUUACAAUGGAGAUACCAAUAGACAGUUAAAUGAUCUGAUGAAAAUAGGGGAUCGCUCAGAGAAAUUACAUUCAAGUAAUAGCACUUAGUAUCUGUAAAAUUUAGGAAGAACAUUAUGUACCACAAUUUGAUUAUGCCCAUUUUAUUGGUAAACUAGAAGUAAAGGAUAUUCUUUCAUAAGUUUCACUGCGGUUUUAAAUCUAAGGUACCUGAUAGAUAUUAUUUUAAAAGAGAUUCUUUAUAAAGCUUGGUUAAAUUCUUUAAUUAAGUAAGCCCUCUGGUUGCUUUAUUACUACACACUCAUGCUCAGGCUGUGACAAAAUUGAUGGCAUUUUCAUUUAAUGUAUUUCUAUCAUUAGUUUAUUCAAUACAUUUAGGAAAAAAAAAAAAUUAAUGACAUGCUAGUAACUAGUAACCUUAAAAUCAUUGUAACACUUUCAGAUGGGCAUCACCUGCUAGAAGCACAGAAGCUAGAACAUAUCAUCCCAGGUCAUCAACAAUAAAUGAAAAAUACUCCCUUAUUAAAUAUGACAGGACAGUUAUGGUAUGCAAAUAUUAUUUAGAAAUAUUUUUGGCCACAAUGUUUUUCACUUUUAUUUCAUCCACUAAUAUGUGCUCACAUUUCUGAAAAUUAAAAUCCCUUUUAAAAAAAUUUAUUCAUUUUGUAAUAUUUAUCUAAUUUUGUCUUUUUUAAAAAUAUUUCUAAAUGCAUUUAUAUAUUUUAGGUAGAAAAUGUUGCAACGACCACAGUUCCCAUUUUGUUACAUUUUAUCAGAAAACAUUGUCCAGAAGGGGUGGAAGUGACAGUGAAAGAGGUAUGGCUGUUUCUUUUACUUUUAGGUUUGAAUAAUAUUGGAUUGAUUGUUCAAUAUUAUAUGAGUCUUGAAACCUUAAUUUAUUAAUUGGUUGUUUGAACAGGAUAAUUUGACUUACUUAUGUCCACUUUUACAGAAAUUAAAAUUGAAUUUUAAAUUAAAAGUAAUAGAGAAAAUGAAUCAUUUAAGAGCAGGUCCAAAGUUAAAUGUUCACCAAAAUUUUUAGUAUCUUUUUAAUGAAAAGUUAUAUAAAUAUAUAUAUUGAUAUGUUUUUAAGGGGAAAAGUAAAAAAAAUAUACCUUUGGGAAAUCAUGCCAGAUUUAUAUUACAUUAUUUUGUUAUAAUUUCAUUUUAAGCCUAAUCCUGAGGAUGACGAAUACCGAUAUGUACCAGACUAUGAUGUUUUGGGAUUGCAAGCUGAGAAAGAGGCAUUAGCUUCUGGGAAAUUGAGAAAAAAAUAAUACCUUCAAUCAAAUUAUGUUUGUAUGAAUGAAUUUUAUGAAAGCUUUAAUAAAUGAUACACUUUUUAACAAAUCACAUUUUUGCAUUAAUAAUUCCAUUAGAUUAUUAUUUUUUUAAAAAAAACAUGAACUUUUCUAAAGGAAAGUGACUUUUUUUGCAUAGAUAAUAUAUUGAUGGCCCCCUUUUAGAUCAUAUGAUUUAAAUAGUCACAACCAAUAAGAUGCAACAUUAAAAUUUAACAAUUCCAACAAGUUUUCAAACAAUGCCAAAGUGUAUAACUUUCACUUUUCCACUUCCUCCCCCUUCAUCUUGUCUUUCUGUUUCUUCCUCAUCAUCAUUAGGAUCUCCAUUAAGAGCUCUGGGCCCUGAAGGAAAUUUAAAAAAAAUUUUUUUUUUAAUAAGAACACAAUUCCAGGCCAAAAUGUUAGUUACAGCAGGGGUCAGGAACCUAUGGCUCACGAGCCAGAUGUGACUCUAUUGAUGGCUGCAUCUGGCUCGCAGACAAAUGUUAUUUUAAAAAAAGUUGCAUUAAUGGUAAGAAAUACUCAUUAUUGAUUAGCAACAGCAUAACAAUGUUAUUAAAAAGAAUUCAGAGACAUAAUUAUUGCAUUUUUAGUGUUGAAAUUACACAAAAUGCACACAUUUACUUGAACGUUUAGUUUUAACACAAUGUAUGGCUCUCACAGAAUUGCUUUUCAAAAUAUGUGGUGUCCAUGGCUCUCUCAGACAAAAAGGUUCCCGACCCCUGAGUUACAGGAAGUAAAUUUAUUUCAAAAUAAGUACCCUAAUCCUAAGAACUAACCAUUGUUACUAGAGUCCAUAAGAGCCGCAGUGUAAUCUGUGAUUAAAUCAUCAUGGAGUCGCAUGUCACCCAGGUCAGGAUAGGAUCUGUAUGAUAAAGAAUAAUAUUUUGAAACAGUGACUCACUGUCAACAGCUUAAUUUUAAUUCAUUUAUACACCUUUAAAGUAAAUGAUUUAAAAUAAUUGUGUCUCACCUAUUAAUCCUUAGCGGUUCUUAAAAUUGAUGAUUGAACUUUAUGAAUACUAACCUAACAUUUUUCUUUACUGUAAGUGUCAAUAUCCAAAUUAAACAACCCUUAAAAAUAAAGUUUUUCGCAUGACUAUUUUAUAAGCAUUUUUUUGGGUCAUUUAUGCCAUUGUAAGUGAUUUAUCAUUUAUAUGAUUGUAGUAACACAUUUUUGGUAUGGGAAUGGUUUUUACCAAACUUAGUGCAUAUAAUAGUCUAAAAAUAGUAUAUUAAAACACAAAUAUGUCACUAACACAAAGCACAUAGCAAAAGCUACACAAUUAAUCUCCACACCAAAACACGCACCCAUUUGAUAGAAUGUGUUGUCAUAG